AUGGAUUCUCUUAAAAUUAUCUUAUCUUUUACUCUCCUUGUAUCUCUCUCAUCAGCGACGAGUGUAGUUGACUUUUGUGUGGCGGAUUUCAGAUUCCCGGUUACUCCAGCGGGAUACCCUUGCAAAAAUACGGCUAACCUUACAGUGAACGACUUUGUUUUCUCAUCUUUGGGUGUUCCAGGUAACACGUCAAAUAUCUUCAAUCUCGGUGUGGUCCCAGCUUUCGACGUGACAUUCCCUGCCUUGAAUGGUCUAGGCCUUUCCAUGGUACGAUUAGACCUUGGUGUGGGUGGAGUUGUUCCAAUCCACUCACACAGGGCGUCUGAACUUAUCCUUGUAAUCGAGGGGACGAUAAUUGCUGGAUUUAUUGGAUCCGACAACACCCCUUAUUACAAAACAUUGAAUAAGGGGGAUAUUAUGAUCUUUCCCGCCUCAUUACUUCACUUCCAAGUUAAUACUGGUAAUUCUCCUGCUACUGCAUUUGUUAGCUUGAACAGCGCGAGCCCCGGUUUUCAAACCACAACCUUUGCUCUAGCUGCAAAUGACCUUCCUACUGAUGUAAUUCAGCAGAUAACUUUGUUGGAUGCAACGCAGGUGAAGAAGUUGAAGACCGUGUUUGGCGGCACAAAUUAA